AUGUAUUUGUUUUUACUCGGGUUUCUGCUGCUGGGCUGCGUAAACGCGAACAAUGAUGCCGAAUAUGUAAAUGUUAAAUCUGUAAAAGGCGGUCAUCGCGGCUAUCAUUACAAUCCAACAGCCAACUACCCCAUCUUCUACAAUGGCAGCAGGGGUCAGUACGGGGGAUAUGACAUGCGUUACAACAUGACAAAUGGUUAUGGGUCCCUCAACACAACUGCGAUACACCGAAUCGACUAUGAAGUUGGUGUUUGCUACAUUGAAGUACCAACUGCCACGUUAGUGCGUAAUCCAGCUCAAGUUCCUAUGGGCAAUGGUUCACGACCUGACCUUAGCCGCAUUAGAAGCUGUUGUAAAGGCUACAUACGAAACAUCCACAACUCCAAAAUUUGUGAUCCAAUAUGCUCCAAGGAAUGCGUCAAUGCGCUUUGUACUGCACCCGAGACAUGCUCGUGUUUCCCUGAUCAUGUGAAAAAUUUGGCUGGGUUCUGCAUACCCAUUUGCCCUAUAGGUUGCCAGAAUGGACAUUGCAGCGGUGGUGAGUGUCUGUGCAAGCCCGGAUAUAAAUUGGACUCUGAGAGCAAGUAUUGUAUUCCAACUUGCAGGGAAAACUGCGGAGGUAUAGGUAAUUGCACCGACCUGAAUGUUUGUGAAUGCAAGCCCGGCUACCAAUCUACCCCCGAGGGUAAUUGCAGGCCUGUUUGUAGUAAAUGCAACGGCGAUUGUGUGGCACCCAAUGAUUGUCGAUGCAAGCCUGGCUAUACAUUAGAUCAACAAGGUCAAUGUAUUCCACAGUGUUCUCAGGGAUGUGGACCAAACAGCCGAUGCGUCAGUCCGAAUGUUUGCGACCAAAGUGGUCCUUUUCAACCACACCAACCCGGAAACCUUUAUCCAUUGUAUCCUGGACAACAGAUGCAUAAAACAGUACCCGCCAACAACACAUAUCCAGGUCAAAUAUAUAUACAAAAUAGUACUAGUUUUCAAGAAAGAGGAGAUCAACUCUACACUGAAAAUCAAAUCUACAAUGGCAGUAUUCAUUCUGGUUUCCCUGAAAAACCUGAAUUUGGACCAAUUCCUCAACAUCCAGGCCAACCUGGCUAUCAACCAGGGCAACAAAGACAACCCGGACAACCUGGAUAUCCUGGAUAUCCUGGUCAAUCUGGUCCUUCUGGACAACCCGGAUAUCCUGGUCAAUCUGGACCUUCUGGACAACCUGGAUAUCCUGGUCAAUCUGGACCUUCUGGACAACCUGGAUAUCCUGGUCAAUCUGGACCUUCUGGACAACCUGGAUAUCCUGGUCAAUCUGGACCUUCUGGACAACCCGGAUAUCCUGGCCAAUCUGGACCUUCUGGACAACCUGGAUAUCCUGGUCAAUCUGGACCUUCUGGACAACCCGGAUAUCCUGGCCAAUCUGGACCUUCUGGACAACCUGGAUAUCCUGGACUGUACCCAGGACAACCCGGAUAUCCUGGACUGUACCCAGGACAACCCGGAUAUCCUGGACAGUACCCAGGACAACCCGGAUAUCCGGGACAAUACCCAGGACAACCCGGAUAUCCGGGACAAUAUGACGACCCACGACAAUAUGAAUUUCCGAGACAACCUGGACCUUUCUUAUACCCUGAUCAACCAGGAUACCGCCCUGGCUAUCCGGGACCAUCUAGACCUGGGCCUCAUGAAAAAACUAGGCAAUCUGAAUAUCCUGACCUACCUGGCUAUAGGUUACCUUCUGGAUAUCCCACAACAGCUGAUCAACGACAUCCUAAUAACCAAAAUCAAAGCUCUUACCCCGGAAACCAAGGAAAUCAAAGUACUUCUACUCAACCUCAAUACCAAGGCCAGCCAGGUCACAAUGCACCAUCUGGAAUAAAUGGACAAUCUUCAUACCCUAGUUACCCUCCAAGUAACGGGUUAUCAGGAUAUGGUCAGCAGACGAACACCGGCAAUGAUGAAUGUGAUCAACCUUGUAUUAAUGGUGUUUGUAGAGAAGGAUUUUGUCGUUGUAAACCUGGAUAUAUUAUGGACUUGAAUGAUGUAACACAGUCAAGAUGUCUACCAAAUUGUCCUGGUGGUUGUCCAAAUGGAGUCUGCUCAGCGCCACACUUCUGUAUCUGCAACCCUGGAUAUUACAAGGACACAAGUGUGAAAGGUCGACAGAACUGCGUCAAAAGAAUCCGUCGUUCCAUCAGCGAACUAUUGGACUAA